GCGCAAUUAACAAAACCCAAAGUGAACUGCUUGUUGCUAACUAGCUGAAUCAUUUCGAAGAGGUUGCUUCUUUUCUCAGUUUUUGUGUGUUUGGGUUUGUCUUGCAGUACAAUGGCAGCGAGAUAUGACAGAGCCAUCACUGUCUUUUCUCCCGAUGGUCAUCUCUUUCAAGUGGAGUAUGCACAAGAAGCUGUAAAGAAAGGUUCAACAGCGGUGGGAAUCAGGGGUAAAGACAUUGUUGUCCUCGGCGUGGAGAAGAAAUCUGUUGCAAAGUUGCAAGAGGAAAGAACUGUCCGCAAGAUCUGUGCACUAGAUGAGCACGUCUGCAUGGCAUUUGCAGGUCUGACAGCAGAUGCUCGUAUUGUGAUAAACAGAGCACGGGUUGAGUGCCAGAGCCACAGGCUAACAGUGGAGGAUCCUGUCACAGUGGAAUACAUCACACGUUACAUAGCUACCCUGAAACAGCGCUACACUCAAAGCAAUGGCCGCCGACCAUUUGGAAUCUCAGCCUUAAUCGUUGGUUUUGACUACGAUGGAACUCCCAGGUUGUAUCAGACAGACCCGUCAGGAACCUACCACGCAUGGAAGUCAAAUGCGAUCGGCCGUAGUGCAAAAACUGUGAGGGAGUUCUUGGAGAAGAAUUACACAGAGGAAGCCAUCGCUGGGGACAAUGAGGCAAUCAAGUUGGCAAUUAAGGCUUUGCUUGAGGUUGUCCAGUCUGGAGGAAAAAAUAUUGAACUUGCUGUGAUCAGACGAAACCAGCCACUUAAAAUUUUGGAAUCCAAGGAGAUUGAGACUCUGGUGGCUGAGAUUGAGAAGGAAAAAGAAGAAGAGGCAGAGAAGAAGAAGCAGAAAAAAUCCUCUUGAAGCUGUUGAUGUAAUCUUUAUUGCAUGGCAGUAGCAUUUUUCAGAGGGUUAUCGAUGAUCUCACUAUAAAGACCUGAAUCAUAACUUGAGAGUGGCUGAUGUUGCAUAACUGUUGCUGUACCAGUCGGAAAGAAUAGCAGGUUGUUCAGUUGAGUAUAUCUGAACACACCUACUGAUUGGGUAUAAGUAUGUUUAUCCAAACUUUUCAUUGAGCUGUUCUCAAGUUGGGGUUUAGAUCUUUUUUAUGUGUACAAAAAGUUUUGUUAUUAUUCACCAAAAGUCUCAGAAACUUCAGAAUCUCAAAUGUUGAAAUAAAUUCCAACAUUCA